AGAUGAACACUACAAUACUGUGCGGGAAAAUGAGUGAAUGAGCUCAUAGUGUCAGGAGCCACGCGCACAACACCAGAUGGGUACAUUCCGGCUGAGGUAUUUCAGUUGGUGAGCAACUGACAUUGCACACGACAUGACAGCUUCUUCUUCCUCGUUUUCUGGAGUUAUUAGUGAACGCAAUGAUUCCUUUACAUCUUUGCACCGACAUACUUAUCCAUUCGCGGCUCCCAUCAAACUGUCAUUAUUCCUUUUCUAUCCUUUCCCCCUCCCCAUUUCAAUUGCAAUUGAGUAAUAAUAUUUCAUGCGAUAGCAAU